AUGGCGCCCUACUGGCUUACGUCGGCCAUCUCUACCUGGUUCUUGAGCACGCUUCAAGCCGCCGCGUUCGACAACUCGCGGUCUGACAACCUCGCUGUGUACUGGGGUCAGAACUCCUAUGGUGCAACUCACCUCAGCGAUACUGCGAAUUGGCAGCAACAAAUCGGAUUCUACUGUCAAGACGACAGUAUCGAUGCGAUCCCUAUCGCAUUUUUGAACGUCUUUUCUGACACGGGCGGAUAUCCCAGCAUCAACAUCGCCAACAUCUGCAACGUUGACGACGACGGCGUCUUCACUGGGACGUCCCUCGCGAAGUGCUCGUUCCUUGCGUCCCAGAUCGAGUUCUGCCAGUCGCGCGGCAAGAUCGUGACGCUGUCGCUCGGCGGGGCAACGGGCGCGGCCAGCUUCUCGUCCGCAGCGCAGGCGCAAGCGUUCGGCGACACGAUCUGGAACCUCUUUCUCGGGGGGACGAGCAACAUUCGCCCGUUCGGUGACGCCGUGCUGGAUGGCAUCGACCUCGAUAUCGAGGGCGGCUCGACUGUCUACUUCGAUUCUUUCAUCAACCGUAUCCGGGCGCUCGCUAGCGGUGCUAGCAAGCAGUACUAUGUUACUGCUGCCCCGCAGUGCCCGUACCCGGAUGCGUAUCUCGGCACGGUUUUGAACGCGGUCGCCUUCGACGCCGUCUACGUGCAGUUCUACAACAACUGGUGCGGCCUGCAGAACUAUGACAACAUCUGGGCGUGGGAUUUCGCCUCAUGGGAUACGUGGGCGAAGACAGUGGCGGUGAACUCGAACAUGAAGGUCUACAUCGGAGCUCCCGCCUCUUCGACCGCUGCGGGCGCGGGGUACGUCGAUGCCGCGACCCUCGCGAACAUCGCACUGGAGACCCGCAGCCAGUACUCGUCGUUCGGCGGGGUCAUGCUCUGGGAUGCCUCGCAGGCAUACGGUGUGUUAAAGACGUCCCUCGAACAACCGCUUCGACACGCAGAUCAAGAACGCAAUCCGCAUCAGUACUGGAGGCUCCAGCUCGAGCAGCUCGUCGUCCUCCACACGCGCGUCGACUUCGAGCUCGCCUGCCUCGCCUUCGAGCUCGCGGGCCUCGAGCACGUCCGCGUCGACCACAAGCUCUCGCGUCUCGACCACGUCUGCGCCGUCCACGCGCUCCUCGUCUUCAAGCACGUCGCGGAGCUCCUCAAGUUCCACUCGGGCAUCUUCUACCACAUCCCGCACCCGGGCUUCUUCCACGAGCACCAGAGCAUCCACGAGCACCUUGCAGUCCUCGUCCACAUCCCGUGCGACCAGCACCUCUCGCACGUCUUCUUCUCCCGCAUCACGCAGCAGCUCUACGACUUCACUGCCAUCGCCUACGUGGGCGGCAACCAGGUCUCGUACAACGGCCACCUGUGGACGGCGAAAUGGUGGAGCUACAACGACGUUCCUGGAGGCCCUGCGGGCGUCUGGACGGACGAUGGUCCCUGCUGA